UCCAUCCAUGGAGAUGAGCUCGCAGGUGCAAAAGUCAUCUUUGAGCUAUUUAUUCAAAGACCUGGAACAAACCAUGGACAUUGAUGGAACGGUUGUCGGCAUUCAAGCUUAGGUGCCAAUCCAACCGGCAUUCUGCUCCAUUCCAGAAACUUUUACCAGACUGUACGAUAUCUGGUGGCUCCUGAACCGAUUAAUGCCUGGAGCACAAACGUCCUCAGAUUCUGGGGCUCGCCUUUGCUACUCCCUCUGGAACGAUCUUUACAUGCCCUCCAACCCAGACUUGUUCUUUGACUUUUGCACACGACUGCAACGGGGUGCCAGCUUUCCCUAUUUCAUCUAUGCCGAUCGCAGAAAUCACCUUGUGGAUGACAUUAUGAAAGUCAUGCCUGCCGAUAUCAUCAAGGACGAUGUGGGAGAGGAUGGAACAGUCGAAACGGAAAUGCUCAAGGUUGGAAUUCCUGCCGUGACGAUGGAACUAGGCUCCGCCAAGGAGUGGAACCGAGACAUUAAAAUAUGCGAGGUGUCCAAGGAAUCCAAAAUGCAAUGUCCCACCUGGGCAUGUGGGAAGGUGAAAUUGAUAUGCUUGGGAUUGAGACGUACAGUUGCAAUGCUUUCACCAACAUUCGCGCCAAUCGUGGUGGCUACAUGGAAACACUCGUGGAGCUGGAACAUGAUGUCAAUGUUGGCGAUGUUGUGGGCUACCUGUACGAUGCAAGCAUUUGGCGGAGUUCGUGAAACCUAUACUGCUCCAGUUGCUGGCCAUGUCACCUCCCUUGCAACCGACCCCAUUCGUGAACCGGGAUCCAUGAUUGUAAGGCUUUGCUACCAAGUGGAACCAGAGGCUGAUGAUGAAGUUUCCAUUGCCAACGCGAAGGCAUUGCGUGGAAUUCGCGGUGGAACCGAAUAGGCCCAGAAGCAAGCAAGUUGCACCGGUACGAAGUAAGAUGGGGAAGAUCAUCAACUAGCUAGAGGUGGUAACUUAAAAACUGAUAGAAUUUCUUGACCUCCUUUUGGAUGGCAAUGCUGGGUGAAUGUAUAAAAGGUAGCCACAUUAAAUUUUGUGGCAAUCGUGCACAGACCAAUAUGCAAAAUGAAGAAUUCAAACAUGG